CCAUUUGUUCGCGUAUAUUUUCUUUAUAGUAGUAUCAAGAUAUAUGGGAUGAACAAGAUCUACUAUUCUAUCGAUGCUAUUGUAUCGAAUAUUUACGAGCCGAGCGUAACCGGAUAUUUGAUUCUACGAAAUAACAACGCGAAAUUGGAAAAAUUCCUCUUUUUUUGUUCACUCGAUGCAUGGGAAUCGGAGAAUAGAAAAUGUUAGAAAUACUUCUCUUCCGAAACAUUAACGGUAGAAAUAUUGAGUCGAUAGAAACGUAAUCUCGAUUUUUACGAGUAGAAAUACUCGUAUUUCAAGCUUCAAAAUCAUACGCUAUCAUGUACAUGAAAGAGAAUACUAUCUUUAUAAAAUUUAUCAUAAACAAAAUGAUAUAAUAAAUACACGAUGCGCGAAACUUUUGAAACCGUUCAUCCUCGUAGCAGAGUCCGAAAAUCUCGACACAACCGACUCGAUAAUUGACUGGCAAAUCUCUCCAAAUGCGUUUCGAGCUCCCUGUACAUCGGUGCACGCGCUCUGCGAAUGUCGUUUUAUUUCAAAGCUAUGCAAACAAAGGCCGGUAAGAGGGUAUACGAUCGAUAUACGAUAAAAGCUUUUGCGCAACCGUAAUCGCAUCUGUAAUUCUAUAUCAUUUAUAUGGUUGGUUGCGUGCCGGACUAGGCAUUGUAUUCGUAAGUCUCUUUUGUCUUUGGUGAAAUUUUUCCACCUGUGUGAACGAGGCCGAUCCCGGCGUGGAGUGUGGCAGAAAACGCGAAAACGAGUGCGAGGGGUCGAGAGAUCGAAAUCGACGAAAGGGCGAGAGAUAGCGUCGCUUCCGCCGUUCUCGAGCCAGAAACAACAACGAUAUACGUGAGCUAUCCGACAUACGUGCUCGCCGUUCGUUAAAUGAGCGAAACGCGCUUGUUCGACCAAAACAAUGGUCUUGUACGAUGGCUACGUGUAUUGUGUGCGAGCGCAUCAAAGGGCCACGCGAGGCAUAGCAAAAGGGUUCGAACACCAAGGUAAAAGUCGAUUGGAAGUCACGCCGCUCUGUCCUCGGUAUCCAUGCCAUCAACAAUCGUAUCCGGUCGUGGCUAAUUAUUUCCUGCUGCGGAGCAAGAAUCGAGCUUUCUCGAUUCGUCUCUCGAUCGGUUUGUUUCGACGAUCGUCGCUCUUUUCGAAUCGAUCGACCGGCGGACGACUUAUCGGACGACCUUCGAUUCGACGAUUUUAAACGCGUACAGAAAAUCGUGGCGAGAAUUUUAAUGAUCCGAGAGGGAGGAGUUAAGAGGCGACAGAUAGGAAUGUAGAAUUUGGAAGGGAAACUUUCCUUCUCUUUUACUUCUAUACGACUAUGUACGAUUCCAAGAAACAUGCUUUCGCUCUCCCUCUAAAGGGUUCGUUUGUAGGAAAAGUGAAUCAAACAAAACGGUGAGAACGUUUGCACAGGUGGACAUCUCUUGGAGACAUUUCUUUCUUUCUUUCUUCCUUCCUUUUUUUUUUUUUUUUUGAGAUAAAAAAACCCUUCCCUCGUAGCGAUAUUACCACGACGUCUUCGUUUCCCAAAAAAUUGUCGGGCUUAUCGCGAGCAACAGGUUAACAGGUUCGGUCGGAGAUUGUAGGUAGUGUGACAUUAAAAUGUUCACACUUCCAAGUCUGGUUCUCAGCGGCAACGCGCAUUCUGCACGGCUGCCCUUUCCGGCACCACUAUCUUGGAUCGGCGCCUUUGUACGUGACAUUCUCGACGCGUGUACCGGCCAAGGAGGCGAGAUUCCCGUCCACGGAGACGAAAGAUCGAUUCUAGCUUUGACAAUGCUGACUGCGGCCACCGUCUCCUCUACCCACGUGCCCGACAAGUAUCCCAUCGAAGUGUAUCAUAUGCUACAGGAAAAGACUCAAUUCGCUCUUGGACGGGAUAAUCGUAUUAGAGGAACCUGGGGUCCGUGGAGUUCGUGGAGCGAGUGUUCGCGUACCUGUGGCACGGGGAUUCAAUCCCAAUCUCGUGAAUGCGUUCCCUAUCAGCGACUGUUAAGGAAGCGGAGCAUUAUCUCGGAGAAUGGCACGAGCAACUCGCGACCCAUUUGCAUCGGUACAUAUAAGCGAUACCACACGUGCAACACGCAGAAAUGUCCGAACUUCCCGGAGGAUUUGCGGGCCGAACAAUGUGCCAAGUACAACGGAAGAAAUUACAAGGGCGAGAGUUACGAUUGGGUCCCGUUUUUGGAUGCACCAAAUUCUUGCGCGCUCAAUUGCCGUGCCGUUGGCGAGCCUUUUUAUGCAACGCUUGAAUCGGCAGUAAUGGACGGCACACCCUGCGACGCUCCGAAUCUUCGUGGAUAUAAUGCUGGAAUUUCUAUGGAACGCACCGAUCGAUGGCUCUGUGUCGCCGGACAAUGCAAGCCCGUGGGUUGCGACGGUGUGGUAGGUUCCGGAGUCACGAUGGACGCUUGUGGUGUCUGCGGUGGUCAGGGUAAAGGUUGUAGACUGUACGAGGGCAUUUUUAUGGAACCAAUCCUGCCACGGGGUCAUCAACCUGUAACCAGUAUUCCGAAAGGAGCCAUGUCCCUCAACAUAUCCGAACUACGACACAGUAGCAAUUUCUUAGCGUUGAGAGACGGCAACGGUAGUUACAUCCUGAACGGACCCUUGGCUUACAGUCCAAGCGGCACUUAUAAAGCGGCUGGCACGACAUUAACAUACCAGAGGGGUGACAGAAACCGCAUGGAGUGUAUCUUGGCGACCGGGCCACUGAACGAUUCUUUGCAUUUAGAGAUUCUGGCACAGGAAAUGAAUCCUGGAGUACUUUACAAAUACAUGAUGCCGUUCAAUGGAAAGCCAUUAAUAGCACCGCCACUUUUUGCGACAGGAUCCAUCGAUCGUGGCAACGAAAUCCCUGAUUCGGAUGCGCGUGUUGGCCUCACGAUUCCCGUAACCAGAAUAUCCAAUCAGAAAAUCGAUUUAUUACCGACGAUUCGUAAUCAAGAUCGAGCGCGAGGCCGUGAGAGAGGACGAAAGGAGGAGAUGAAGCAUUCCCCGACUACGGUGAUGGCCGGUGAUCAACCGAAGUUAAAGGGCAAGAAAAAGAAACGUGCGCGGUUCGCUUGGAAGAUGUUUGGAUUGACUCCUUGUUCCAAAGAAUGUGGAGGAGGCGUUCAGACAGCUAUCUUCAAGUGCUUCCGCGAGACCAAGCAGAUGAUCGUGAACGACAAACGUUGUCGCAACGUGGGAAAGCCGCAACACCCGCCUCCGUUGCGUUGCAACGACAAUCCUUGCCCACCUAGGUGGAGGGGCGAACCGUGGAGCGAAUGCUCGGUCACCUGCGGCACCGGCACGAGAACACGAAAAUUGGAGUGUGUACAGGAACUAAAAGCGAACUUAACAAUGCGAGUGUUAGACGGUGCGUGCGUACAACCGCCAGACCUUAGGACCGUGGAAACCUGUGCGAAACCGGCUUGCACGAAUAGUCCGGAAUUAAGGCAUAUGCACUCUCAACACGACACGCCCAGAUGGGACGUCGGCGCCUGGGGUCCUUGUUCGACGACGUGUGGGAUGGGAAUUCGAAAUCGAACAGUGACUUGCAUCACGUCAUCGGGAAAUGUCUGUCCGCCGUUCAACAAACCCGAAUCUCAGAAAAUGUGCGAAUCCCCGCCUUGCACUACGUACACUGGUAUGGAGCAACGAACUCCUUGGCUCUACUCGGAAUGGUCGGCCAAGUGUUCGGCCGAAUGCGGUAGCGGAGUGGAAACGAGGCAAGUAGCUUGCGCCGAUGUCAGCGAGUUGUUCUGCAAUCCCAAAGAGAGGCCGGAAACGGAAAGGGAAUGUUUCGGAAGAGGAACGAAUUGCGAUAGCGCGAAAUGGUUCACCGGUCCAUGGACAUUGUGUUCCGUGUCGUGUGGAGUGGGUGUCCAGUAUCGAGAAGUCCUUUGCGUCGCAAGGACGAACAACGAAUUCGUCGUGUUGCCGGCGAGCAAUUGCAGCGGCUCGAGGCCAGCAAACGAACAAGUAUGCAGAGCGGCCGUGUGCACACCGACAUGGUUCACCUCGGACUGGUCGAAGUGCUCGGUGACAUGCGGUACCGGCGUGCAAACCAGACUGGUUCGUUGUAUUCUCGAAGGUGUCAGCAGCUCGAAUUGCGAAGAUGCUGAGAAACCGAGCGACCAACAGGAAUGCAGCCUGGAGCCGUGCAAAAAGGAUGAUCCUACGUCGUUGAUCAAACCGCCCAAAAAAGCGUAUGAAGCAUCGUCGGAAUGCGUUGACAAGCAUCCAGAUUGCUCGGUGGUCGUGAAGAAUGGUUAUUGCCGGAUCAAAUAUUACAAGUAUUCGUGCUGUCGAUGCCGCGAGUAAUCGUUCGACAGCCGAGGACGAGUCACCGUUUCAGGCAGGUUCACCUUUUCCAUGGUCGUGACCGUUUUCAAUUCGAUUAAACUCGUUGCUUUCCUCUUUCAGUUAAAUAUAAACGGGGAAUUCGAUACGGAAUCUUAGCGAGUGAUAAGACUGUGACAAAGAGACGAUCAUGUUAUGUACAAUUUUAUUUAACACGAUAAUCGGCUAAUCCCGCGUAGCUUUAUUCCUUUUAUUAUCUUAUUCCCGCGCGGCACGCUGCGGAGGAACGAUUAUUUAAUUCCACAAGGAAUUCCGUUAAACCCGGAAAGUGGGAUAGUAGGUGAAAAUUCACGAGAAAUCAACUAGUCGUUCGAGAGCCGAAGGCGUUUAAAAGGGAGCACGACGUCGUCGUAUAGGAGAGAGUAUGAUGCGUGUGCACACGUCUGCAGAAACUCGUAUCGUACGGGGCAUGUAUAUGUGUUACGUAUGUAAAUAUCCUCUGUACAAGCGAACAGUUGCAGGGACGUAAUUUUCUCAAUGCAUCGAUCUUGAUCCUGUGUACUUGACACCGAAAUAACUUGAACAACGAUCGAUUCGCAAUUCGAAAUUUCGACUUCGAAGCCAUUCGAUUGCAAACAUCUCGAAAGCAAAACACGUGAGUAUAUCCAUAAAAGCAAAACGGGAAUGAAAAAUUCUUAUCGAAUUUUUCCUAAAUCGUGUGCGAUAUAAUAUUGAAAAUAGCAGGGGAACGAUAAAUAGGUUGGAUCGUCGGUAAAGAACGAGAAGGGAUUAUCAUUGUUACGCCCCUGGAUGAGUUGCGAUCCCAUUUGCAUGCGCGUUCGACGUGAAACCUGUACGCCCAUGUACCCACUUAGGUAAAACCUGCGUGCUUGUGCCCAGACAACCGUGCGUGGACACGACACGAAACGAAACGAACCAAGCACACGAGCUGUCUGGUGUCGCUGCGAAAAGGAGAAGCAAAAACGUUUCGAUCGAUACAACUGCAUGUGCUCUCGAUGUACUUGGAUAGGUAGGCUGUAUUAGUUGCAAAAACAUUAUUUAUGCGCUCGUAUAGGCCAAUCGGACCACGAUGAAUGCGAAUAAUUUUUGUUAAUCGAGCAUUUAAUUAACAUAUCGAGUCGAAUGAAUUCGCCGAUUUUGAUUUACGAACCCGACUUUAUUAACAAAUUCAUUCAUCGCGACAAGGACAGCGCGGUGAACUCAAACCGGAAGCGCGUCGACAUAAUUUUCCCCUCUUUACAUUCUUGUUUUCGACAAGGAACGAGUUUGAGAACGCGUUCGAUCUUUAGAGAAAUAUUUUACGUCUCUGUCGAAUCGAACUUCGCUCGAAGAGCUUUAUCGUGAAACUCGUGUAUUCAUCGUUUUCUAUGUAGUUGAUGUCAACUGAUUUGCCUAUUCUUUAAUGUGCGAACAUAGUUGUAGGAUAAUAACUAUAGCAGUGGUAUCGAAUCAAAUAUACGCUUGUCUCUGUGUAAAAAAUAUAACACUGGUAUACUGUAUACGUAGAAUCGAAUUUAAUUUCCGACAUUUUCUAAUAAAAAUCGCGAGAAGUAUUAUUAUUAAAAUCCACGAAUUACUCGCGCGUAGUGAAGAAACCUUUACAGAGAGGUAUAUGGACGUAGAUUAGUUUAAGUUUAAAUAGAUAACGAACGAUCAAACGGAAAAAAAAACCUCGUGAAAAUUGCGUUGGCAAUCAAUUUCUCAGUGUCAAUUAAAUCGCAUUCCGGUUUGCCUUCUCGACACGAAAGAAGUUUGCGAACACUGUACCAUAUUCCGAUUCGCUUUGUGUCCCUCGAGAAGCUAAAUUUCUGUUGCAAUUCGUUUCAAUAAAAUUUCCGUUUUUCCUUA